GUAGUAUAAGGUAAUUUGUACACUAGAAACUUCGGAUUAUAUCAUGUUCCUAGACUUUGAUGACAAUGCUGUAAGUUUCGUCAUCGGCGUCGUAACUUGACGUUAUAAGAACAACCUUUUUCUCAAUGUCCUUCUUUUCUCUUCAAUUACACAACUAAACAGUGAUACCUACACGAUUUCCAAAAAGAUAUCAUUUUUACAUACCUAGGUACUUAAUCAACCAGCAAAUAUUAUACGUUAGCUAUUAUGUCUCUACACUACCUCCCUCCCGUUAAGCCUUCGGCCAUCGCCCUCGGUACCGCCUUCAACCAGGGUAUUGAACUCGCAGUUCUCACUCCAUUAUUCGGCCAGACCUACCAGCGAGCUAAGCAAGCAAACACCAAGGAGGAAUUCCUAAGGUCGAAGGAAGCCUCUUCGGCUGCCAUCGCAUGGGGUACAUCCCUAGUCGGCUCAGGCUUACAAGCAUACGGUGUUGGAGCUCUCAUCAAUGCUACCGGUACACUUAGCUACAAGGGCGCCGCUUACCUAGGUGCCCUAAUCUUCGCGGCGACAUCCGCACCCAAUUACCUCGCGCAGCUAUUCACCGAGAAGCGACCUGUCGACACAGUUGCAGUUGGCGCCACCUCAAAGGUUCUGGAGACCGUCGGCCUAUCUCUAUUCCUAACUUGGUGGGGAACUCGAACCAACCCGUUCGAUUAGAAAUUGAAGAGAUUUGAAGGACCUGUGUUUGUUAGUUUCCCUACCUGUUAGGUCGUCAGGAUGGUCGCAGGGAGCUCGUUAUGAAAUUAGCUAUUCCAGCUGUGUAAUAAAUAAAUGUUUAUGAAUAUCAAUUUGGUCAAAUUCAAAAGUUCGUAACUCUAGGCUUUGCAGUGGUGGAAUAAUGUAGUUCGAAGUAGUCAUAAUUGGUGAUUUGCAUGGGUUAGUCUUGGCGGCAGUAAAU